AUGAUCUCUCAUAUUUGGAGCAUUUUGGUUAAACGCGAAUCCCUUUGGGUGGAGUGGGUUCACUCGUAUAGGCUGAAAGGGCAUAGCUUUUGGACGUGUAAGGCUGUAGCGAACACAUGUUGUAGUUGGAGGAAGUUAUUACAGCUUAGGCCGUUAAUCAGGAGCUAUAUUUGGUCUAACUUGGGCAAUGGAAGCAAGACCUCGGCUUGGUUUGAUUGGUGGAGCCAUCUAGGUCCGCUUGGUAAUUUCUUGACUCCAAGAAUCAUAUCGAAUGCAGGGUUUUCUAUUAAAUCCACAGUUCAAGAUAUUCGUGAUAAUGGUUCUUGGAGGUGGCCUGAAGCGUGGAGGGCUACGUAUCCUGUCUUGAUCCAGCUUGAUAAUAUUCAGCUUCAUCCUAGCCGUCCUGAUAAGCUCUUGUGGAACGAUGGUAAUGACUUAGAUGACUACUCUUCAUCUCGGGCAUGGCAUUCCAUUAGAGAGCGUGCUGAGGAAGUAGAUUGGACAAAGAUAGUUUGGUUUAAUCAAUGUAUUCCCAAGCAUGCUUUUUUCAUGUGGUUAGUCUUUCGUCGUAAGUUACUUACUCAAGAUAUAAUUCUGCGGUGGGAUUGGUCGAGAAGGAAAAAUAUGAAUAUGAUGUGCUGUCUUAUGUGUUAUGAGAAUAAUGACUCUCAUAAUCAUCUGUUCUUCGAUUGCAAUUACUCCACUCAAGUUUGGAUAAAGGUGCGUGGCAAGGGGGGUAUGAACACGGUCUCGCCAGAAUGGGAUCAUAUUGUUAGCUGGUUAGCGGCUCGUGCGUCUUCGAAGUCGGCUAUUAACUUCAUUAGUCGGCUCAUAGUUGCAGCUUCGAUCUACUUUGUAUGGCAGGAACAGAAUGCUAGAAUAUUCAAGAACCAGACGAGACCCCCAGAUGUUCUGAGUGACUUAAUCGUGCAGACUGUUCGAUAUAAGCUUAUGGGUGUUAAGUUUAAAGAGAGUUCUAAUGUUCGUAGAUUGCUGGAAGCUUGGGGGAUUCACUCAACACGAAUGGACGAUGACGGAGGCUGA